GUGGACUUCAACAUCAAGGGGGACGACCUGAUCGUCUUCCUGCACAUCCAGAAGACGGGCGGCACCACCUUCGGCCGGCACCUGGUCCGCAACAUCCAGCUGGAGCAGCCCUGCGAGUGCCGCGCCGGGCAGAAGAAGUGCACCUGCCACCGGCCCGGCAAGCGGGAGACCUGGCUCUUCUCCCGCUUCUCCACCGGCUGGAGCUGCGGGCUGCACGCCGACUGGACCGAGCUCACCAACUGCGUCCCCUCCGUGGUGGACAGCAAGAAGGAGGUGCGGCUCCGGCCCUCCAGGAAUUUCUACUACAUCACCAUCCUGCGUGACCCCGUCUCCCGCUACCUGAGCGAAUGGCGCCACGUCCAGCGGGGAGCGACGUGGAAGGCGUCCCUGCACGUCUGCGACGGCCGGUCCCCGACCACCGAGGAGCUGCCCAGCUGCUACACGGGGGACGACUGGUCGGGCUGUUCCCUGCAGGAGUUCAUGGAUUGCCCCUACAACCUCGCCAACAACCGCCAGGUCCGCAUGCUCUCCGACCUCAGCCUGGUGGGAUGCUACAACCUGUCGGUCAUGCCCGAGGAGCAGAGAAAUAAGGUUCUGCUGGACAGUGCCAAGGAGAACCUGAAGCGCAUGGCCUUCUUCGGCCUGACCGAGUUUCAGCGUAAGACUCAGUAUCUCUUCGAGAAGACUUUCAACAUGAACUUCAUCUCGCCGUUCACGCAGUACAAUAGCACAAGGGCCUCCAGCGUGGAGAUAGACGAGCAGACUCAGCAGCGCAUCGAGGCCCUCAAUUUUUUAGACGUGGAGUUGUACGAUUAUGCAAAAGACCUGUUUUUGCAGCGGUACCAGUACAUGCGGCAGAAGGAGCACCAGGAGGCGCGGCGGAAACGCCAGGAGCAGCGCAAGAUCCUGAGGGCGAAGCAAGCGCGCCUGAGAGAGCAGGGCGAGAACAGCUCCAGCACUGACUACAUAGGGAACGUGGAGCGGUGGCGGCGGUAGUGCGGGGGGGCUCGCCGGACACCAAAAACCGAAGCAGAACCCAACCCCACCCGCAAAUUGGAGACACCGGAGCAGCCCAAACAAAUCACGCUUCUCAAGGGUUUGAAGCAAAAAGAGGUUAAGAUGUUGCCUUUGCAGUUGCCUUUGCAGUAAAUGUUGUACUGUACGUGGAACGCUUAAUCUUAGCGUGUAAUUAAAUUGUCCUUUUUAGGUUUGUUGGAUUAUUUAUGAAAUACGGGAGCCAAGUAGGCUCAUCGGAAAUGGUUGCUUGGACGUUUAUUUAAAAGAAAAGAAAAAAAAAAAAUCCGUAAAUUAGUUAUGAGUACGAAAUGGGAUGCUGGAAAAUGUUUAUGAUGCUCGGCUGAAAUCUGUCUGGGAAGCAAACUCAUUUCCUAAUAAUGAGCAUUUAGCAUACUGUCACAAUACAGUGUAUGAGCAAAACCUUUUCCCUUUGAUUUUAUCUUAAUUUUAUUUUAAUUAUACGUUUUCAAGGGCACCAACUGCUUAUGGUAUUUACCAAGUUAAUGAAUGGACGAUGAAGGGAACAAUAAAGGUCUAGAAAAAAUAUUGACUAGUUUUAUGUAUAAUAUUGGCUUUUAAAAGGAAUAGAAGUAAUUUCUCUAGUUAUAUAAAUAUUUAAAAUUUUAAACUUUUUCUACCUACUGCUGUUUAGAGUUUUAAGCUUGGUCUAUCUCAUAUUAAAAAAAAAGAAAAAAAAAAAAAGACAUACGUACUUUUCUGAACUCAAUGCCAAUGUUAUAGACACUGUUUCCAGAAUUUUUCAGGGCAGUAUGAUUUUAACCAUUCUGGAAAAGUUACAGCACAUCUUCAUGUUUCAUAAAGCCUUUUCCAAAUUAUAGUCCUGUGACAGUGUCUAAUUUUAAGUCUUUCUUACCCAUUAGAAUACAGAAUGCUGAAUUUAUCAUUCCUUAAUAAUUGGUGGUAUAAACUAGAUGAAAUUAUGUUGCAGAUAUUUGUGUAGUGUCUUUAAAAAGUCAUAAAACUCU